CUAGAUCGUUCCACCACAACACUUGAGAAUCGUGGCGAUUGUCCAUAGAUUGAUAAUGCUAAACGAUGGGAACAUAUUUGAAAUCUAUUGCAUGUGUUUAAAUACGUCUGUACCCGCCUGAAGCGCGUAAGUGGUGGAUUUGGUAGCGUCAGAGAGCAGAACCUGUGAGCAAAUCCUCCCUGGAGUUGACAGAACCGGGCGCAGUGUGGUGCUAAGAGGGUGUGUUCUGCAGCUGUGGAUGCGGUGCAUGUUCCACCGGCAGCACCAGGCGCCACGCAGGAAAGACAGCGCUGAGAACCAGAGGAGAACACAGAGCGUGGAGAACCGGCGAGGCGCCCAGAAGGCCAAGCACGUGUCGCGUGUGUCCACCCUCAGGGGGAAGCGUCUGCGUGGCCACGUUCGCACUUACCUGUCCAGCCUGGGCUCUGAGGCUGGCCUGCUGACCCGCCAGGUCCAUGGGGCCGCCCUGCUGAAGCAGCAUUGUCCCGGCCCGCAGAACCUGCGUAGGAAUGGGCCGCAGGCUGAGAUGAGGGUCCCCGAUCACAGCAGCCCCGACCCGGACGCGUCCCCACCGGCCUCGGACCCGACUGCAGCCCAGACGCCAGAGAAUGGACGCUCGCGGAGGAGGCGCGUGCCCAAGACCUGCGACUGCUGUGGGCCCAACAGCAAAACUACGGUGGCCGGCAGGGGACAUACUAAUGACAAGACGGGCAGCCACACCCAUCCGGGAGUCAAGAAGAGGGGCCGCCGGAAGAAGGAGGAGUCUGUUGCCAAGGUGACGACAGAGAUGGACAUGACUGUGGACAUGCAGGAGGCGGAGCCUAAGAGGGAUGUACAGGAGGGGGAGGGGCGGGGCCAAGACCAAUGUCAUGCAGAAGGUCAGCCUGAAGGUCAGGCUGAAGAUCAAAGUGACGAUCAGGCUGAAGGUGGAGUUGGCGUCCCCCAUCUGCACGUCUCUGGUGCUGAGAUGGAGGCAGACCAGCAGGCAGCCAAUCAGGCCCCAGCGCUGACUCCCAUCCAGUCACACGACCAGACUGCCAGCCGGUCGGCGCCCUCGGAGCCGACUCCUCCUGGCCUGGUGAACGGCACGGCGGAAAGCUCCGAGGUGGAGGAGCCCCCGCUGCCCAGCGAUGGGGAGAUGGAAGUGGAGGCCCCUCCUGUGGCCCCAGCCCCUGCCCCUGACCCUCUGGACCAUUGUGUGCCCCCCCCCAUGUGGGACCACCACUACUGUAAGAGGCCGCCGGGCCUCGACCCCCCCACAGACAGCCCCCCGCACACACAAACUCACACACACCCCGCAGACAGCAGCCAUGAAGGAGUCGUAGACCUCAUUCACGAAUACCUUGAGGACUUUUAUGAGAAGUACGGCAGCUUCAUUCCUCUGUGUGAGACGGAGAUUCACGAUUAUCUAAACAAGAAGUACAACACUGACCUCAGCGACAGCAGGAAGUUGAUCCACUCGGAGGUGGCCAAGUACAAGGCAGGCCUGGCCUCUGUGUCCAUGCAGCACUUUAAAGUGAGCCACAACAAGCACACACUCACCUUGGAGGACCUGUCCACGCUCGACCACCACAACUGGGUCAAUGACCAGGUGAUCAACAUGUAUGGUGAACUGAUCAUGGAGGCUGCCAGCCAUAAGGUUCAUUUCUUCAACAGCUUCUUCUACAGGCAACUAGUGGCUAAAGGCUAUGAGGGAGUGAAACGGUGGACCAAGAAGGUGGAUGUGUUCACUAAGCGGCUGCUGCUGAUUCCGCUGCACCUGGAGGUGCACUGGUCUCUAAUCACAGUGGACGUGACCAGUAAGAGCGUCCACUUCUACGACUCCCAGGGGAUCAUGUUCAAGUACGCCGUGGAUAACAUCCUGAGGUAUCUGUUGGCAGAGGCCAGAGAGAAAAAGCAGCCGGGCUUCCAGAAGGGCUGGAAGAUGCUCAUCAACAAGUGUAUUCCUCAACAGAAGAAUGAUAGUGACUGUGGAGUCUUUGUGUUGGAGUACUGUAAGUGCCUGGCUCUGAAGCAGCCUCUGCAGUUCUCUCAAGAGGACAUGCCUAAAGUCCGCAAGCGGAUCUACCAGGAGUUGUGUGAAGGCAAACUCAAAGACUGACCUUCGUCCAGGGAGACUUAGCGUCGCUAAUGGACACUGACCGUCGUUAAGGAGACCUACCAGGGAUGCCUCGCUGCUAGUAGGUCUCCUUAGCCCUGGGUCAAACACUGACGUGCUGUUCACGAAACUUGUUACGACUGACCGAUAACCACCGGUAAAGGGGCCCUUGUAAACUGACCACCGUUAAGGGCUCUCUUGAGGACAGAUGGCUGUUACCGGGGCCUCUUAAAGUCUGCUGCGUGCUGUUAUGUCUGUGACGGGGAACCGGUCCCUGGGUCUUGUGUUCUCUGGCGGGCCUUGGACCGGUCCCUGGGUCUUGUGUUCUCUGGCGGGCCUUGGACCGGUCCCUGGGUCUUGUGUUCUCUGGCGGGCCUUGGACCGGUCCCUGGGUCUUGUGUUCUCUGGCGGGCCUUGGACCGGUCCCUGGGUCUUGUGUUCUCUGGCGGGCCUUGGACCGGUCCCUGGGUCUUGUGUUCUCUGGCGGGCCUUGGACCUGCCUGCUGGAGGAUGGAUGGAUGGAGCAACAUACCCCCCCCGACCGAUGAAGGACAGAACGACGGGAUGAAAGGAACGGGUGUUUAGCCCUCUUUUCUUCUCCUCACCAUUCCUCCCUUCUCCUCCGCUGCUGGAAAAUCACACCAUCCGUCCACUGCCCCACAGCAACCUGCUGCUCUCACACUCUCCUCCCACACACACACACACACACACACACACACACACAUUCACACACUCUUAAUCCCUUCCUUACACACAUACACACACUUAAAAACAAUACUCAAUCACACACAC